GCAUGCGCGUGGGAAGCCUGGGGUAGGCCCUGCUGUUUUUCUAACUCUAGUUCAAUCCUACACUGCCGUCUCAACCAAAACAAGGCGCAAGAAAAUCCCCCUCCUGCACGGCAAAUAACCGAGGGGUUCCAUCACAAUUGGAUUUGAGUUUUGUUUGGACUUAAAGUGCUCAAUGACAAUCUACAGGAGUCCUUCCUCAACCUUCCCAACCUAAAGAAGAUUUAAGAGCAGAUUCUCAGUGGUUCAGGAGCGUUGCUGCUAUUACAGAAAUAAUGACAUAAGAGGUGGCUAGUGCUAACAUGUGGUGCCUCCAGUCUCACACCCGAAUGAAAGCACAUACACCCCACAGGGACCCACAGCAGGCUUUUUUACCUUGACCUCCGAAUCCUCUGAUUGACCCUGCACACAAAAACAUUCAUAUUCACACGCACCUUCUGUCUUGCCCACUGAUUGUCUUCAUCCUACAUCCUGUGGCAAGCUCCUCUCUUCCUUCCUUAGAGCAAACAGGCCCGGAGGUUACAAAUGUCUACCUCACGCUUAAAGGUCCUCUCUCUACAACUGCGACCCUGAACACACUACAAAAAUGACCUCUAGCAUAGACCGGGAUGACAGCAGUAUCUUUGAUGGGUUGAUGGAAGAAGAUGAGAAGGACAAAGCAAAAAGAGUUUCUAGGAACAAGUCGGAGAAGAAGAGGCGAGACCAGUUCAAUGUGCUCAUCAAGGAACUGGGCACCAUGUUGCCGGGCAACACCCGCAAGAUGGACAAGUCAACCAUCCUACAGAAAAGCAUCGACUUCCUGCGCAAGCACAAAGAAAUUGCCGCUCAGUCUGAGUCGAGUGAAAUCCGUCAGGACUGGAAGCCGCCUUUUCUUAGUAAUGAGGAGUUCACACAGCUGAUGCUGGAGGCACUAGAUGGCUUCUUUUUGGCCAUCAUGACAGAUGGAAACAUAAUCUAUGUCUCAGAAAGUGUCACGUCUUUAUUAGAACAUCUACCUUCUGAUCUUGUGGAUCAGAAUCUGUUGAAUUUCCUCCCAAUGGGUGAGCACUCAGAGGUGUAUAAAGCCCUGUCCACACACAUGCUGGAGGGAGAGACCCUCACCCCAGACUACCUAAAGACAAAGAACCAGUUAGAGUUCUGUUGUCACAUGCUCCGGGGCACGAUUGACCCAAAAGAGCCGCCCGUUUAUGAGUAUGUCAAGUUCAUCGGAAACUUUAAGUCCCUCAACACUGUGCCUAACUCAACACGUAACGGCUUUGAGGGAGUGAUCCAGCGAUCGCUGAGGCCCAUGUUUGAAGACAGAGUGUGUUUCAUAGCAACAGUGAGGUUAGCCAAGCCUCAGUUUAUCAAGGAAAUGUGUACUGUGGAGGAGCCCAAUGAGGAAUUCACCUCCAGACACAGUUUAGAGUGGAAAUUCCUCUUCUUGGACCACAGGGCACCUCCCAUCAUAGGCUACCUACCCUUUGAGGUUCUGGGUACUUCAGGGUACGACUACUAUCAUGUGGAUGACCUGGAGACCCUGGCCAAGUGCCAUGAACACUUGAUGCAGUAUGGUAAGGGGAAGUCGUGCUAUUACCGUUUCCUGACUAAAGGUCAGCAGUGGAUCUGGCUUCAGACUCACUACUAUAUCACCUACCACCAGUGGAACUCGCGGCCGGAGUUCAUCGUCUGCACACACACUGUGGUCAGCUAUGCUGAAGUGAGGGCUGAACAGCGCAGGGAGCUGGGCAUUGAGGAGUCACCUCCUGAGAUCUCAGCAGACAAGUCUCAGGACUCUGGCUCUGAGUCCCAGUUGAACACUUCCAGCCUGAAGGAGGCCCUAGAGCGAUUCGAUCACAGCCGCACACCCUCUGCCUCAUCACGGAGCUCCCGCAAGUCCUCCUCACACACCGCCGUCUCGGACCCCACGUGUAUGUAUUACAUACCAAAGAUAGAAGCCACACAGACAAAGCUGCAGGCAGACCAUAGCACGCCGCCUCGCCAAUCAGUGUCGGCCAUUGAGAUGACAUCACAGCGGAGGUCCUCCAUUAGCAGUCAGUCGAUGAGUUCUCAGAACACAGGACAGACGAUGGCAACAUCUCUUGUGUCUCAGCCUCAGCAGCCUCAACCACUUCAGCCCAGUGUGCAGCCGGUGCUACAGUUUUCCACGCAGAUGGAUGCGAUGCAACAUCUUAAGGAGCAGCUGGAGCAGCGUACACGCAUGAUUGAGGCCAACAUCCAGAGACAACAAGAAGAACUGCGGCAAAUCCAAGAGGAGCUGCAGAGGGUGCAAGGACAGGGCUUACAGAUGUUCUUGCAACCCGGAGGUGGCAGUCUCAAUCUCGGCUCAGUGCAGCUGACGCAGGGAUCAACCGUGCAGCAAGGGGGGGCUCUGUCCAUGCAGGGGGCGGUGGUGCCGACAGGGAACCUGCAAAGCGGUCUGCAAUCCACACAUACAGGGACGCAACACACUGUCACACAGCAUCCUCAGCAGGCACCGCAACAACAACAGAACCUUCUCAGAGAUCAGAGCUCCACUCUAACUCAGCAGUCUCAGAGGUCGUCUCACACGUUGCAGUCUCCUCAGGGAGCACUGCCUGCAUCUUUGUAUAAUACCAUGAUGAUCUCUCAGCCGACGCAGGCCAACGUUGUGCAGAUCGCCACAAGCCUGGCCCAGAACAGCAGCCCCAGCGGAGCCGCGGUUGCCACCUUCUCGCAAGACCGGCAGAUACGGUUCCCUGCUGCCCCGCAGCUCCUCACUAAGCUAGUUACCGGUCCAAUGGCGUGUGGUGCAGUUAUGGUGCCCACCACCAUGUUCAUGGGGCAGGUGGUGACUGCGUUUGCCCCGCAGCAGGGCCAGGCUCAAACAAUCAGCAUCACCCAGCAGCCGUCUGCACAGACGCAGGAGCAGCAGGUUCAGACGCAGUCACAGACAUCUGCAGGAACAGCCCAACAACAAGGACAGGCCCAAGCUCAGCUUGCCCAGCAGCAAACGCAAUUCCUACAGGCCCCUCGGCUUUUACAUGGCAACCAAUCUGCCCAGCUGAUCCUUCAGGCGGCGUUUCCCCUGCAGCAGCAAGGCACAUUUGCAGCCGCAACGCAACAACAGCAGCAACUGCAACAGCAGCAGCAGCAACUGCAACAGCAGCAUCAACAGCAACAACAGCAGCUGCAGCAGCAACAUCAACAUCAACAACAGCAGCUGCAGCAGCAGCAACAGCAGCAACAGCAACAACUGGCAGCUCAUCGCUCAGACAGCAUGACGGAUCGGUCCAACGCGCCACCUCAGUAGCUGACCGCACGUCAGGGACACAACCCAACCUGAGCAGUCCUGCAGGCUGAUGGGCUUCUGAGGGGGAUGUUUGAAGCUACAAAAAAAUAGCAGUAUUUGUACUGUACCCUCUCAGAUACCCUUCCGCUGCUUCUAGGUGAAGGGCCAGACCUAAACGGGUGUCGUUUUUUCACCCCGUGCCCUAUAGGUAGUUGAACGACGGCUGCUUGCACUGAAUUCUGGGAGAGGUCCGACCACAAACGCCGGAAGAGGAAGCAGCUGCGUCUGCGUCUCCCCCACGAUAACCGCAUCCCCUUCGUCUCGUAUACCCAGUGUGUGCCGUCGUCCCUCUUUCACAGAUUUAAUUUAUGCAGAACGAGCCGCGGCGAAGGCUUCAAGACUCGAAGAAGUCCCGCAGGACAAACGGCGCCUCUUUCUCUUUCUCUUGGCCUCUCUUUCUCUUCCUCCUCAUUUUACUUGUCGCAAGUAAUUAUGGGUCAGAAAAUAUUUUUAAGAAUGUCACGUGGAUUCAACUUUUAUUGUACAGUUCACCUGUAAAAUAAUGUGUAAAUAUAUGGACAAAAGGAAAGAGAAACUAAUAUUUUAUAUGAUGCAUGAGACGAAAAGCGUAGUCUGUUAUUUGUAGCUUUGAAUAUACUUUUUUUCUAAUAUUCAGAGGAAAAAAGCAAAACUUAAUACACAUAAUGGCUGAUCUCUUCACAGACUUCCUUUUUCCAGUGGGAUGGGGGUGAGUGUGUGUAUGUGCUUGCGCACAUGUGUUCGUAUGUAUGUGUGUCUGCCAAGCAGGCAAUGCUGGAUCCACAGAUGUGUCACAGUUUGCUUUAAAACCACCUUCGUGUUUUAGUAAAACUGUUAAAGCAACAGGCAAUCUUUAGAUGUUUGUGCAUCGUCUUAUACACCUUAGUAAUUGCAAAAUAGAGAUAUUUCAGAGAGAUGUUUAACAUUUGUAAAUAGUUUAAAGAGAAGGCUUCAGAUUUAGUAUAUCAUGCGGUUAGGCAAAAAAAAAAAAAGUAGAAAUGGUGCUUCGACUGUUUUGCGCAGAAACGGUAGUACUGAUAGUUACGCGCUCUGCUAAACUGGAACUGAUGCUUAAAAACAGCAGGGUUAUGAUGAGGAAAAAUAUAAUCGCAUAGUGUGUUUGAUCCUAAACGAUACAGGUAAAAUAGCUUAAGGCUAAGCCAUAGCUUCUUCUAGUUUUACAAUGGUUUACAUGGUUGUUUACACUGUUAUACAGUGUUUUAAGAUAUGAUUCGCUAAAUAGGUUUGAAUAACCAGAAAUAUAAUUUUACACAACUAAACCUCUUUAUCAUCUAGAGAUAGUCAAUUAUCACAUAUUUGCACAGCUUUAAUGCAGGAUUACUUCCACUUGCCUUUCUCGGGUCUACUUCGUUGACAAACGAUGACAUUUCAGUGACUUUGCAACCUUCUUCUACUCAACUCUGGAAAAGCGGGAAUGUAUUGGUUCACUAGUACCUCUGUAACGCUGACAUAGUCACUAGCAACUUCUAGCUCUUCGCCCAAAGCACAGAAACAAACUUAAUUUUGACAAUCUGAUUCUGCUUUUUGGCCCCUGUUGUAUUAAUUUAAAAUAUGCCAGAUUGUAGUUGAUUUAAUGUGAUAUUUAACCUGUUUAACUGUGUCUACAGGAUCUUGGGAUUCAUAAUUAUGCUUGACAAGACACAGUCAUUGCUAGAAUUAAAGGUUCCCCAAAGUUGCUCAAUAUAGACGAUGUUAGUAGUUAGCCAUCUUGAAUGUUCAAAAGUAAUCCGCUUGUUAAGUGUUUCCGGGUCUAAGCCUCUACUCGUUUUACUUGAGAAUACUAUGUCAACAGCUUUUUUUUCCAAGCACUGUGUGUUCAUGUUAAACAUUUAAAAACCCUAUGGUGUACACUGUCCACCCUUUUCUUUAACGCGGAAGUAAGCCUAUGGGUGAGACUUCCACUAGAGGGAAAUAAAGAGAAAAACAACAAUGUGCAGUUAACAGUAAAACUGUUUGCACUACAAACCAGUGUGUUCAUAAUUAAGAUAAUACAUUAAACAUAAUAUGGUAACACACCAAUUUGCAAUAUCAAGCAGCAUAGCGAGCUGUUUUGUACAGGUAAAAAUAGCUUGACGUGGAUGAGACCUGAAGCCACACCCAUGAAAUUUACAAAUGGCCACGCCCACUUGUACAGGAGGAAAAAGGUGGAUAGUCUCCGUGCUGAGACAACUAUUUUAACGAUUGAUAAAAGAUGAAUCAUUGUCUGUCCACCUGGGAUUUCGGUAUGGCGAUAAAAAUUAGGAUUAUAAUUUUUUAUAAGUAUUAUAUCACAUUAUGAAUGAAUUAGCACUGCUUGUUGCUUUCUUGUGGCAUCUGAUAGAGCGUUUGGACCCGGAAGUGGUGACGUGUGACGUCAGACUUAACAAGCGGAUAAUUGUUUUCCUGUAGUCAAAUGGAUUUGCAGUUUAAUUUUUGUUGUACAUAACUAACAGGGCUUGACAUUAACACCUGCCAAAUUUGGGUCGAUUUCAGUAGUGGCCUGUAACACAAGGUGCGUUUCCAUUACAGAUUUGCUCAAAACUUUUGCGCUGUUUUAUAAAUGUCGAUAAAAAAACUUUUGCAAAAUGUUAUGCGACUAAAACGUAAUUUUUUUUUUUUUUUUUCUUCUCACGAUAAGUCGUGGCGAUGGAUGUUGGUAGGUUUACAUAUUUCGCAGCCACCACACUUGCCAUUAAUUUUAAUCAUAGGAGAUGUAGGCAUCUAUUUUUACAGAAACAGUGUGGAGAGCCGAUUUUGGGAUGUUUUGGAAACUGAAACGAAGCCGCGGUGUGGCUGGCACUGACUAGAGUGGCUGCGAUGAGCACUGCAAACUUGUGCAUUGUAAAUAAAUGAUAAAAUAAAUCCAAGCUUUAAUGGCGGUUAUUCAAGCAUUGUGUAGGUGCACAUAUGAGGUGUUUUUUAUAUUAAAGAAUGAUCAUGUGACUUUUAUGUACACAAGAUGACCUGUAAAUGCGAAAAAGCUGUUUCCAUUGCAGUUUUUUUUCGAAUUGCGUGAAAAACCACCUCAUGUGAGCAUAAAAACUGUGCAAAAUUGACGCGUUGUACGCCAUUGGGCGUAUUUUCGACUCUUCCACUAGCCACUUUGUCGGGUUGAAAUUUCAGGAUUUCUGCAGGUCCUUAAAGGUGCAGUGUGUAAUAUUUAGGAGAAUUUAUUGGCAGAAAUGCAAUAUAACAUACAAAACUAUGUUUUCAGAGGUGUGUAAAGACCUUACAUAAUAAGCCGUUAUGAUUUUAUAACCUUAGAACGAGCAAUUUAUAUCUACAUACACCGCGGGUCCCCUUACAUGGAAGUCGCCAUUUAGUGCCGCCAUGUUUCUAUAGUAGCCCUAAAUGGACAAACUUCUACAGAGCGCGUUUCGUCAGUACGUUGUUCUACUUCUUCGUUGGUGUUUUAAGAGGCCGCUCAUGUCGUCACCACGUUGAAAUGUUGACACGAUGUUGAGCCGGCAUCGUGAUCCCAUCGCACCCCCUCCUCCCUUUCCCCUCCCGCAAGCCACCGCAUCCCAAUGCCGUGUUCAGAAAGAAAGUUGUGUUUUAAAGGCAAUAAACAUUAGAUGGAAAAAUAUAUAUAUUUAAUUACUUUCUCUCACAGUUAUAUCGUUAAGUAAUUAUACUGUAUAUAAAUUGCGGGCAUCAGGGGGCCGCUAGUAAUGUGCAUGGCAUUGGAACUGAUUUCGUAUGCACGAUCGCAUUUCACUUUCACUUUCAUGAUGUUUCACUGUAGACUUCGUCCGAUGCCAAUUUGGUAGAUAUCGCCCAAACCUACUAACUGUCAUACAAAAAAUCUAACUAAAGUCAGCGAAUAAACCUGAGACAAUGAUAAAUGAGUAACAUUCAUAUUCGCAAUAACAUAUUGGUUUACUGAAUAAUUAAGUAAAUAUAAUUCUUUGACUUACCUUUGUACAGAAACCUCAUCGCUUGAUUGGCUACUGUCAGGUGUAACAGACGACAUCAUUUUUGUCCUGUGUCAGCUUCCAUAGCUUCUGUAUGCUUUUCGAAAGGGCGGGGUGAGCGGGGGACUUAGCCGUUGGUUGAAAUUCGAAUCCUCUCCGCUAGAUGCCGUAAAAAUUACACACUGCACCUUUA